UACUUUUCCGGAAAAAUAAAAGACACCUGUCGGUUGGCCGGAUGUAUUCGGAAAAUUACCGGUAAAAAAUACGGAAAUGGGAGUCGAUGCACCUUUAUUCAUAUUUGCUCUCGUCGAUGAGGGAUAUUUACUAUUCCUUGUGGUGUAUUUUGUUAUAACUUUGUCAGAUUUAGAGUGUGAUUACCUGAAUGCAAGGACAUGCUGCGAAAAGUUAAAUUUUUGGGUGCUACCUGAGAUUAUCCCACAAGCAGUUUUGACAGUGUUGCUGUUAAUAACCGGGCACCCGUUCUUGUUUGUAUUGUAUGGAUUAUGCACAGCAUGGAUCAUUUACAGAUAUGCAAAAAAGCCAACGGGUAAUAUAGGCUUGUUUGACCCGACAGAAAUCCACAACCGGCAGCAGCUGAAGUCUCAUAUGAAGGAAAACCUGUGUAAGAUGGGCUUCCAUCUGGUGUUCUUCUUCAUCUAUCUCUACCUUAUGAUAUAUUCCCUGAUAAAAGGUGAUGACACAGACUGAGAGCAUUAGAAUGAGAAUCCCGCCACAGAACAAAUCUCACCAUCCACACAACUGUACAUAUCAUAUUGUUCAUUGAUCGCCAAAAGGGUCUAUAUGCAUAUUGAAUAAGAUGGCUAAUACAAACAUAUUAAAUAAGAAGGCAAAGAAGAAGGCUGAUAUAUGUAUAUUAUAUAAUAAAGCAAAUAAGAGGGCUGAUAUAUACAUAUUAAAAAAAAAUGUCAAACAGGAAGGCAAGUAAGGCUCAGUCGCUGAUAUAUGUGAUAUUGUCAGUAAAAAAUUGUCCUGUAGGGGUAUUCAUGUGCAAGACAAUAAAUUUAAAAUUAACCAAGUAAUAUGAUGACAAAACAAUCUUGAAACAAUUUGUAGAAUUGAAUUAUAGAACUUUUUCACAGACAUUUAAGACAAGCUAUGAUUGCCUGUUUAUGAAGCACAACACCUUUGCAAAAAUCAUAAUGUUGCUUUUCCCUCCACUGGACUCAUUUUUACUGACAACGUCACAUAUGGAUGUUAAGUAAGAAGGCUGAUGAGCCCUUUUGGCUCUCCAUGGACAUAUGUUUGUCUGUCUAUAACAUGGACACCCAUACUAUUUACUGUAACAGUUGCUAGCAUUAGAUUGUUGUUUGAUACCCUGAAGAGAUUUAAUAUCCACCUGUUUAUAUGUUUUGGUACAUUACAAUCAUAAUGGCAUAAUCAUCAACAUUGUGUAUGCAUUUUUAAAGGUAUAUUUUAUAUUGUUUGCAAUAAGGCAAAUGGUUACUUGUCAACUGUAUUUAAUGAUAAGAAAAUUUGAUUAUAUACUUAUUUAUAUUUUUGAUGUUAAAAGCAUAAAGCAUUCAGUUUGAUAAACACUAUAACGUGAAAACACCUGCCAAACUUUGUGAUUUUUUUCUCGAUUGCAAAUUUCAAGCAUAAGUUUUAUGUAGAGAAACACCAUACACAUGUGCAGGUGUUAUUAUAAUGCUGCUGUUGUCAGUCAUGUUUUAAUGGUUUUAUGUUGUAGUACAAGGUAUGUAGUUCAUAAUCAAUAUUGUAAUUUGUAUGCAGCAUUUUGUUUUUGAGUUUUCUGUUAAACAGGCAUACAUUUGUUACAGCAACUUUUCACAAAUGAACGUGUUCAUUUUGCAAUCUGGCCCCUCAAACACACAUGGAAAAAUGCAAUUUAUCCUUAUAUUUACAUUUUUAAUAAUUAUUCAUCAUAUUUGAAAACUAAUGAAAUUUGCCGCAACUGAUUAUUUAUUGUUAAAGAAAGCUUAUCAACAAUAUAAAAUAUAGAAAUAAAGAAUAGUCAAUAAUUUUGGUACGAUAUGUACCAUUGGUUAAAAGAUGAUGCUUUUAUCCAAUGGCAGAGCAGUGCUGGUAAAAACAAUGACCUCAUAACUCCUUGUUCAUAUAAUAUGAAUUUCAAGUUUUCUAUAUAUACAAGAGAUUAGAGGAUGUAAAUAUUGAAUAAAAAUACAACUGUAAUUCCAUGUGUUUUGUAAUGGUUCAACUCGCAAGAAUAGUGCUUGUCAUUUAGCGUACACUGUAUUUCAGUGUGUUCAGUUUAUUAAUGUCCUAGCUGUUUAAUGUUGAACCUCAUUUUACCUAAGUUUGAAGAUUUUAUCUUUAAAGUAUUUCAAUAAAUGUCUGUUUCUUACAUUACCAAGGUCCAGUUUCAGAUAUAAAGAUAUCUUAGUCGCAAACUUUACUCUGCAUAAGAGUGCCCAGGUACAUCCGUAAAGCUACCGGCAGAAUCUAUGCAAUAAAUGUCUUUAUGAUAUUGUUAUUGAAACGGAAUUUAUGUGAAAAAUGAAGUUACACCUGCAAAUUUACAUUCUUCAGCCUUACACACUUUUUUGAAACAGGACCUAGACACUUAUUCAGGAAGCAACUAUAAAAGUGAGAAAAAUAAAAAAAAUGUUGUUAUAUCUUUUCACCUUGUUGAUGGUUUUCAUCAGUAUGUUUGACAGGAAGUCAGAAUUUUGGUUGCACUAUUUUAAGGUAUAUUGAUGAAAUCUGAUUUAUCUUUUUUAUCUUUCAUUCACUAGAGAAAUAGACUAAGAAAUAGACUGGUUUUCUUAAAGGCCUUAAUACUCGUUAACAAGUAUAGUCUUGAGACUUUAUCUCACCUUAGAAUGUUUGUUAUUUUGCUUUAUGUAUUUGUACAUGUAUACACUAUUUGGAAAGCUUUAUGUAUUUUUAAGCUUAUUAAAUGAUAUUUUUGAUGCACAACAUAUUAUUUCUGAAAUUUUCUUUUUCCUUGUAAAGGUAAUCAACAUAAUAUACUGUCACUGAUUUUAUCAUGUAAUGCUCAGGAUACCUGAGUUAGUAUUUGCAUCUUUAUUGAUCUCUUUUAGUUCUAUUGUGAUGCCGGACUCCAAUAGUUAACAGCUAAUUUUUAUAAACUAGGAGGCCAUUUGGGUCAAGGAAUUGUCACGAAGAAAGAAAACCUUAUUUCGUUUUGUGUUUCAAUGGAUUUUUCACGUGCAUAGCAUGGUCGAAAUGCAUAAAUUACUUUAUGGCAAUAGCAUUACAUUUUUUGUAUCUGUUUUUAGGUGUAUUUCAGUUUUGGAGAGUUUUUGAAAUGACGUUAUUUUAUAUUUAGUACAAAUAUUUUCCAUAUUAGAAAACUUGUGUGACCCAUAUCCCUUGCUACUUAGUUAUGAUUCUACAUUGUGGCCCUCUGCUUAAUAUUUUAUGACCAUUCAUGUACUUGCAUAAUCACAAAUAUUUUGUGUGUUUUGGUGCAUUUUAAAAUCCCCAUUUAAAAUCAAGAUAAAUAAAACUGAAAAUCUUA